AUGAUCGUAGGAGAUGGCUUUGCAACUGGGACGAUUGAUUUAGGAGGAUUACAAGUGUGUCAAAUCUCUUCAUUCAACAAAAUCUGGGCUGCUCUUGAAGGAGGACCGAACAACCUCGGCACGACAUUUUACGAACCGUCUUCAAUACCCGACGGAUUCGUGAUGCUCGGCUGCUACUCCCAAUCCAACAAUCGGCCUUUAUAUGGAUGGAUUCUCGCCGGAAAAAAUGGCGCAAAUCAAAGCUCUCUAGCCAUGCCAACAGAUUAUUCUCUUAUUUGGAGCAGUGAAUCUUAUAAACUAAAACAAGAUGGUGGCAACGGCUACAUUUGGUUGCCUACACCUCCCGAAGGCUACAAAGCCGUCGGUUAUGUUGUCACAAACUCGCCGGAAAAACCCUCCGUUCAAAAAGUCCGGUGUGUCCGCUCAGAUUUCACCGAUGCUGUUGAAGUUGAUUCAUGGAUUUGGGGGUUAGACAAGAAAAUCAAUACAAACAACUUCAAUCUUUAUGACUCGAGGCCAAAAGAUAGGGGUGUCAAUGCCCUUGGUGUGUCCACAGGCUCAUUUAUAGUCCAAAAUGGUGGUGGAAAUGCUGACGUGUCACUAGUUUAUUGCUUGCGAAAUACCAAAAAUAACCUUUUGGCCAUGCCCAAUUUGUCCCAAAUUGAAGCAUUGAUUCAAGCUUACUCACCUAGAGUUUACUUUCACCCUAAUGAGAACUACCUUCCCUCUUCAGUCACUUGGUUCUUCCAAAAUGGAGCUUUGUUGUAUGAGAAAGGCAAAGAGUCCGAACCUAGCGUGGUUCAGCCGGAUGGCUCGAACCUACCUCAAGGUGGGUCCAACGAUGACUCGUAUUGGUUAGAUCUCCCUAUUGACAAAUCCGCUAAAGAAAGGGUCAAGAAAGGUGAUUUGGAACAUGCGGGUGCCUAUUUCCACGUAAAACCGAUGUUUGGGGCGACAUUUACCGAUAUAUCCUUGUGGGUAUUCUACCCUUUUAACGGUCCGGCAAGGGUAAAAGUGGAAAUCAUUAAUGCUUCGUUAGGAAAAAUUGGUGAACAUGUUGGCGAUUGGGAGCAUUUAACGUUAAGGGUCAGUAACUACAACGGAGAGUUGAAAAGUGUUUACUUUUCGGAACAUAGUGGAGGACAAUUGAUUAAUUCCUCGGAAAUAGAAUUUGAAAACGGAAAUAAACCCGUGGCCUAUGCAUCAUUGCAUGGCCACGCGUUUUAUGCAAAACCAGGACUCAUUUUGCAAGGGAGUGGCGGGAUCGGAAUACGAAACGACACCACCAAGGGAAAGGCAGUGAUGGACACCGGAGUGAGAGCGACGGUGGUGGCAGCGGAGUAUUUGGGGGCGGGGGUGGUGGCGGAGCCACCGUGGUUGAACUACAGUAGAAAAUGGGGUCCAAAAAUAAGCUACGAUAUUAACAAGGAGAUUAGGAAAGUGAGGAGGGUUUUGCCGAGGGUGUUACGAGGUCCAUUUGACAAAUUUGUGAAGGGUCUUCCACAUGAGAUAUUGGGUGAAGAAGGUCCUGCAGGCCCUCAAAUGAAAAAUAAUUGGAGUGGGGAUGAGAAAUAUUAA